GGAAUGAACCAGCAUCAUUAUUUUAUUAUUGCUUACGAGUGUUUCUAUUUUACAGCUUAAUGAUCCUCUAAAUUAUGUUUUAUCAUAGCACACGCGGUAUUAUCUAUUUAGAUAAUCUGUGGUGUUCUACAAAUAAUAAUGAUUGUCGUUGAUAAGCGUCUACUUUCCGCGAUCAUUAUACAUAAUGGCUAGCUAAGUAAUGUGUUAAAAGUCUAACAAAACAUACUUCGCGCAUUUAUAUUAAAUGUAUUUUAGGAAAUCUGCGCAUAAUGAAAACUAUUAAGCAGCUCUCCUAUCACUAUAUCAUAUACACUUUGUAAGAACUACAGACAUUUAUAAUCGAUAAUUCGUAACUAUACAGAUGGACAACAAAAUAAUAACUCAAUCCAAAAAACCAUCACGGAGGCGACGCACUGUAAACAAGUCUAUUAAUAAAAAUGUUAUUCAACAAAAUGAACCUUUACCAUUGAUUAACAAUAUCAAUGGUGAAGAAAUUGUAAAAAAUGACUUGACACAGCAAUAUAAAAUAUUAGUACCGAUUAAAAAACAAAAAAUACGCGAAUAUGUAACAUCAAAUGAUGAUGAAAUGACAACUUCACCUUCAUGUUCUCAGAUGGAUUAUCAAAAGCCAGUUAAAGUAAAGUCUCGAUGGACACAAUCAUGCCAAAUGGAAAUGAUGAUGGAAGAAUCUCAAUCAUCAUUAGAUACAUCAGAUGCAGUUACUGAUAUCUCGGUUAGUGAUUUAAAUGAAAUGGUUGAUUGUAAUUCAGAAAUUAAAACUAUGGAAGUACGUAGGAGUUCUCGUAGGUCUGGAAACAGUAGGACUGAUUACAGACAAUUGUUAGGACUCAAAAGAACUCCCAAAGAACCAAAGAAACAAAUUAAUCCAAAAUCAUUGAAAUCUAAUAGAGGACGAAAGAAGAAGCAGCCACUACAAAAUUUAUUCAACUCAGAGAAACAAAUUGAUACUAAAAAAAAUUCAUUAACAAGUCUCGAUGAUAAUAUAAUAAAACAAUCUAUUAUAGACUGGAAUAUAAUUACUAUUUGGGGAUCCUCUAAAAGUGUCAAUGAAGAAUUACCCCGUAAACCUGUUCGAAGAUAUUCUCUAACUUGGAAUUUCAAAUUUAAGUCUAAAGAUAUAUUAGUAGAUAAAGAUAAUAUUGAUAAAAAUAUUUGCCAUUCACCUACUGCACCAGAUAAAAAAUUAGAUCCAAGUGAAGAUGAAUUAAUGAAGGAGGAACCAUUGUUUACAAAUUGUACACUACCAAGUGAAAAUAAUGAAACUCAUUGUGCCAAAGAAUUUAAACCAAAUGGUGAUCUUUGUCAAGAGUUCUGUAAUUUAGAUAUGACUACUAUAAAAACUAGUGAAGUAGAUGAAGGAACAUUUAAUAAUGUUUCAAUGAGUUCAGAACAAAGUAAAAUAAUGCCGGAUACUAUUAAUCAGGAAAAUCAUAAUCAAAAAGAUAUAAUGGCAAUAGUUGAAACAAAAGAAUCAAUUAAAAACCAUAGCCUGUGUUACUCAGUAAAUGCAAAUCAAGAAAAUGAUUUAGAGCCUUCUAAGUACUCAUUAUUGGCAAAUAAUAACCAAUAUGUACAAAGUCAUAAUACUUUUCAAUUCCGGUCAAAAAGUGUUGAUUCCGUUAUGGAGAAAGGAAAUAGAAAUAAUUUUAAUUCUCUGAAACGUUACAAAAGUUAUGACUGUGUAAAAAUAUAUGAAACCUCUUCGAAAUCUAGUCUUAUACCAAUAAAGAAUAUAAAAUCUCCCAAAAAGAAUAGAAGAAAAUCCAAGCGGUUAAAACCUAAGCAUAACAUUGUAGAUUUAUUUGAUGAUUUAAGAGUUCCUGAUAUAAAUUACAAUGAAGUUGCUAAUGAAAUAAAAGAAGAACAUGAACAACAGUUGUUAGAAGCAAGGUGUAGUGAUCAAGAAUUUGAUGAAUCUUUAAAGGCAGUCAAUUUCUCAUUAAUUAAUGAAAACAUGUAUAGACCAGAUAGACAAACCAUGAAGUCUUAUUCUACCAUAGAAAUAUCUCGUCUACGCAAACUAAAACAGAGAAUUAUAUCUGGCGACAUAAACGUUUUUUGUGAGUGUACUUUAACUAAAGAAGACAUUAUCGAAAGAAAAAUUGGAUGUGAUGAUCAGUGUCUUAAUCGAUUACUUAAGAUUGAAUGUGGAUCCAGUUGCUCACUUAAACGAUAUUGUUCUAAUAAGCAAUUUCAAAACAAGCAGUUCAAAAGAACACAGCUUAUUAAAACAGAAAACAAAGGCUAUGGAAUAUGUGCUCUUGAAGAUAUUCCAAAAGGUGCAUUAAUAUAUGAAUAUGUUGGAGAAGUUAUUGACUACAAUGAAAUGUGUAAUCGCUUAAAGAAAAAAAUGUAUAAAAAUUUAAAUUAUCUGGUUCAAUUGAAUUCUGAUGAAAUCAUAGAUUCCACCUCAAGAGGGAACGUUACCAGAUUCAUAAAUCAUAGUUGUGAUCCAAACUCAAUUGGCGAAAAAUGGCAUGUGUUAGGUCAGUCACGUAUGGGAUUCUUUAGUACUAGACCUAUCAAAAAAGGUGAAGAAAUUACAUUUGAUUAUGGUUUCCAAGUGUUUGGUGAUGGAGCUCAAGUUUGUUAUUGUGGGUCUUCAAAAUGUCGAGGUUACAUCAGUAAAGCAUCACAAGUUACAGAUUUAAAUAGUUCUGAUGAAAGUGAUGGCGGCACGGAUGAAAACAACUUAUCUUAUAAGUCUGAAAAGCAUUUAAAAAGAACUAGGACAGUUAAAAAAAGAAUUGUUAUUAAUGAAAAGAAUAAAUUACGAGAGUUAAGUCAUCAGCUAACUGAAAUAAGCAAAUUAAAGACUGGACUAAAAGCUGAUCAGGAAAUGGCAACAUUGAUUUUAAACAGACUAAUGGUACACAUCUCAGAUACUGUCAGUCGUUUGUAUAUACUUAAGUUCAUAAGAGAAAAUGAUAUGAACUGCAAGCGGUUAUUUAUGGACUUCAAUGGUCUUAGUAUAAUUCAUAACUGGAUGACGUCAAAUGAAAAUGAAUCUUUUAAAUCUAUGAUUUUAGACAUGUUAGCUGAAUUACCAAUUACCAAUAGAAAUACAAUUACCAAAUCGAAAGUAAUAGAUGUAGUCGCUGAAUGGGCUCAAAUUCCUCCGGAUGUGAAAUCAAAAAUCGAAAGUUUAGAGUAUUCUGCACUUGAAAUUGACAAUCUUCUAUCGAACAAUAGUAGCGACAAUGAUGAAUUUGUCAGUUUUGUAAAAAAAGCCCAAACUCUAUGGAAAAAAUGGAUAGUUUUAAAAUUAGUAUUUAAAAUACCAAAAAAACUGGAUCAACCUAAAACAAUAGAACUUAAAAGAAACCCUAAGAAUGUUGUUGAAGACAAUAAUGGUCAAAUUUAUAAUAUAUCAACAGAGCGAAAACAAUUAAGAAUUCAAAAUAAAGAACUUAUGAAUAAAAGUCGACCUACAACUUUAUCAUCUGUGGAACGUUAUAAGAUGAGAAAAGAAUAUGAACAGAAAAUAGAACAUGACCGAAAAGAGAUUUUUAGGAAAAAAGUAAUGGAGGAUUGGUUGAAAAAACGGGAAACUGUUAUGAAAAAUACCGAAGAAAGUCGAAUCCAACAUCAACAAAAUAUUAAUGGGCUUAAUUGUGAAAAACCUUUAAUAAAUCAUAAUAAUAUUCGCAUCACGAAAAGAACUCGCUGGGAUUGCCCUACACAAAUUUUGACUACUCACAUUGUUCCAAGUCACAAUCUCAGCACGCAAACACAGUGUUUGAACUAUGGCACAAUAGCUGCGACAACAUUACAAAUACCAUUAAUGCAAGCUCCACAUCAUAUGCUCUUCAUUCCACCAAAUUUAUAUUCCAAUAACAUAGUUAAUUUCUCUACUACAAUGAACACAUCACCACCAACACAGUUAUCUAGACUUCCAUUUACAAUACAACCUCAAAUUAUAUUACCAGCGCCCUCUUUAUCUAGUAUACCACUUCCACCAACCAUUUCGUCUACAAAAACACCCCCUCAAUCACCUACACAACUUUUACGAAAGUCUGUUGAUGCCAAAUCUCUAAGCUUUAUUAGAAACAGUUUAUUACACCAUAGUAAAUCUAAUCAAAAAACGAGUUCAGAGAAUGUUAAUGAAUCCAACAAGAAAAUUACUGUUGUACAAUCUGGGGUGGACUUGUUAGCGAGAGUUAAAGUUAUUAGCAAUUCUUUCAGGAAACAGCCAUCAAAAUUAAUUAAAAUACAAAAAUAUAAACAAAAACAAGAGAACCCAAAACCUCAACAAUUGCCUUUAUCCAAUGUUUCAUUGGUGUCAAUUUGUGAUGAAAACAAAAGAGUAAUUUUUUACAACGAACAGAAAAAUAUUGCAUCUCAAUCAUGCAUUGAUUUGAUUCAAGUUCCUACAACAAUUCCUUUAAGCCGUAAAAAUAAUUUUGCCAAUGCAAUACUUAACUCUUUGUUAAAAAAAUCAAAAAUUGAAAAUAAAACUACUAUUCCUAAAAAUUUUAUAACUAAAAAUCUAAAUGCUGAAGUAGUUACGUGCAGUAAAGUCGACAAAGAAUUAGAACUUCAUAAAAAAUUAAAAACAAAAAUGGUCAAAAAGGUUGUUGGUAAUAUAAAAACAAAUUGUGGAGUUAUAUCUGUUGUGAAAAAAAAAUUGGGUGCCAAGUUAACAAGGUUAAAUGAUAACCACAAUAAAGUUGCAGCUACAAAGCGAAACAUGAUGCGUAAAAGAAAUAUUCAUCGUUUAGCUUUAAAGAAUUGUCUUGUUAAAACUAAAUCGGCUCUUAAAAGGAAAACUGAUUUAAAUGCUGAUGACCAUAUAAGAAGACCAAAAGAGAAAAGAGUUACAUUCUUUAUAGAAGGUGAAUCUAAUCAAAGCUCUACUUCUAUGGAUGUACGGCCAAUAAACUUAAAUCAAAAUUCUGGAAAACAAAAGCCGCUUAUGAAAUGUCAUCCAUUUGAAAUAAGAAAUGAGCCAAAAUUGCUUACAUCUAUUCUACAACCAUCUACAUCUUACCAAGAAAAUCUGUUGCAAAUUAUUCCUAAUGACCAGUCCGUUCAACUAACUAACAAUGAAAUUAUUUCCCCUAUUGUUGCAAGAUUCAAAGCAUCGAGACGUAGACGGACUAGUUUUGAAAACAUGACUAUCGAUUUAGAAGAAUUACAAAAACAAAGAAAAUAUACAAUACCCCCCAGUAUGGCAUCUCUUUCAGUAGAUGUUUUAAAACUUAUUCCAGACAAUAAAAAAGAAAUGAAAAAAAUAGCAGAAUACCAUCAUUCAAUGGCAAAUGUUAUAGUACGAAUUUUGGGUCCUUACGCUAAAACAACCUGUCAACAAGGUCGAAUAAAAAACAGUGACGAUUUUAAAUACCUAGCUAAAAAAAUCAACGAAAAUAUUUUACUGAAAGAACUACAGUUAAAAAAAGUCGAUAAAUUAAAAAUAACUCUUACUACGGAAGAAAAAGUUUCUGAGUACAUCAGAAAAUAUAUGUCACGAUUUGGAGAAGUUUAUAAGAGAAAAUCGAUUGAUCACAUCAAUCAUCACAAAUCUAAAAGUACUUAAACAAACUAAUGUUAAGUAAUUGUGUAUAUAAAAUAGUCUGUAAUAUUUAUUUUAAAAAUGUAUAGUUUAAUCAUUUAUUAUUUUAUCCAUUUGUAUUGUGAUUUGUUGCCCCAAGUUUUGUUUCCUAAAAAUUAUAUUAAUUUCCUUUAUUAUUAGUUCAAUUUCUUUUUCUAAUUAAAACUUAUAUAUUUAUGUUUUUAAUACCUUGGAUUGUUAUGCACUUUAUUUACAAAUGCUAACAACAUUUAUUUUAAAAUAUUUUUUUUAUUUUAAUUCAAUUUUGACUGAUUAGUUAUUUUAUGUAUUAGAUUUUAAGUUGUACAAUUUUCACAUAGUCCAUAGAAAUGUAUUGUGGUUUAAUUUUUUACUUAUUGUUACGUGCUUUUGUAUUUAUUUCAUAAAAGUAUUACAAUAAUAAUUAAGUUACUUCCAGUCGGUAAAAUUAAUAUUUUCUAUUUAGUACUUAAAUGAUGAGUUAAUUUUUGUAUGUACUUAAGAUCAAACCCCAAAAUAUUUAAUUAACUAAAUUGUCGAUAAUGUCAGUGCAUUAGAUAUAAAACAA